AUGUCUUCUGGAUCAUUUCCUUUUGUAAUUCCGGAAAGUUUGCGGCCAAAAAAGGCAUCAAAUUCAUCGAAAUUAGUCGCUCCAACGCGGAAACCCUAUACUCCACCAAGACGUAAAGGAUACAACGAUCUGGAUGAUCCACUUGAUCUGUCUUCAUCAUCAUCUUCACAAUUCAAGCGUUCAGUGGAUGUAAGGGUUGCAAGCGGUCGACAUUCUGUGGCACGAGCCGCACGUGUUGUCCGAAAAAGAAAUUCAUCAACGCAACAUGCUCUAAAUAUUUCACAAGAUUUGCCUUCAACAAGCACAAAACCAUCACAUUUUGGAAAUGUACAGUUUGGGAAACGUUUAAAGGCAUCACUUCGUGGUACCUUACAUAGUGGUGUCGAUAACAGAUUCAGCGGCAUAAUGCGAGCAGUCGAACCAUCAAAGUCCUGGGUGCGUGAAUCAACUGUCAAGGAAGAAAAUACGCCAAAGGAACGGCAUAUUGAAAAUUCAAAGCUAGAAUCGGUCACUGAAAAAGUGCUGCUGCCUAAGAGUGCAAUUGCACGGCAGCUAAAGCGUAUGAUUGGACGAGUUUGUGAAACUGACUUUGAUAAAUAUCAGUUGCUAGAUGAACGUGAUCGUUUGAUGCAUAAAAGACGUUUGAAAAGUACCGAUGUUGACAAUGCAACUGUUAUGCAGGGUUCUUGCCGCGAUAUGUGUCCCGAAAAAGAACGCUAUAUGAGAGUUGUUCAAAAACGUCUUAGUAUGUAUGAAUGUCAUGAUGAUGGUAGUAUUGCGCCGGAACUGGCCGUGAAAGAAUAUAGUAGAAGUGCAGCUGAUCAAGAGGAGCCACUACCUCACGAGCUUAGACCCGCAGAUGUCCUUCAGCGAACGAUGAAUUAUCUUAUCGGGAAAAUUGCUAAUCAUGUUCCAGAAACAGAUGAAGAAUUGGCACAGUGGUAUGAUUUUAUGUGGAAUCGAACGCGGGCUAUCCGAAAGGACAUAACACAGCAAAUGAUGGUUAACGAAACUGCUGUUAUCUUAAUCGAACAGUGUGUCAGACUGCAUAUCUUUGCAUCCCAUCGCCUUUGUGAAUUGAAUUUCAAUGAAUUCGAUCAAAAAAUGAAUACAGAAAAUUUAUCUAAGAGCCUGCAAAGCUUACGUUAUUUGUAUGACGAUUUGGCUAAGAAAGGAAUCUUUUAUACCAGUGAAGCAGAAUUUCGAGCUUACGAAAUUAUGCUUAAUCUUUCGGAUUCCAAUGUAUUCCGGCAAGCAUUGACAUAUCGGAGAGAAAUUCUGGAAUCAAGUUCUGUCCGAUUAGCGAUUCGUCUAUUUACCUGUUUACAAAAUCAAAAUUAUGUUCGCUUUUUCCGAUUGUUGAAGAACGACGCCACUUAUUUACAGUGUUGCCUUUGUCACCGAUUUUUCAAUCGUAUGCGUCAUCAGGCAAUGUAUACUAUAUCACGCUCAGUUCACAUAAUGGGAAAGUAUCCGCUGAAUAAAUUCGUCCAGCUAUUAGGAUUUGACGAUCGUGACGCAUCGUUGCAAUUUUUGGGUUGCUAUAAUGUUCGUAGCAAUAAUGAUAUGGAUACCGGUGAAGAACUGAUGCAUAUAUCAAAGACUCGACUAAUUGAUCCAAUUGAAGAACCUCCAACAAAGAUUCAUUUGUGGAUUGAGGCGAAACGUGAUGGAUAUUCAAUUCCAGAAGUGUUAAGCGGUUGUCAAGAUGUUGAAGUUGAAGUUAUCACUCCAUUAAAUUCGUUUGACAAAAAUGGCGCAUACGUAUUUGAUAUUGUUCUCGAUAACUAUAUCAGCGAAAAUGGAGGAGAGCAAUUAGUUACCGAUGAGGAUGAGCCUGUAACUUUUGCAUUUACUUUGCCAACAUCACAAAAGGAAAAUAAUGUUACUGUGUUGGUUGAGAAGUUAGCAGAUGAGAUCAUCGAAGGAGAAAUUAUGAGGUUAUGCAAUCUAACAUAUAGGAAAUCACUAGCUCAUUCGCUCACCACUGCACUGUAUGAUAGUAUCUUGGAGGAUUGUUUGAAGCCACGUUGUCAGGAGGUAAUGAUCGCCGCAAAACUGUUACACCGACGUAAGCUAGCCGCUAAUGUAGCUAAGAAAAGAGAGGAUGAAAUUCGAUCCUUGCUUGAUUCCCUAAACGAAUUAGUCUUUCGUGAAGUUAUUGACAAAUUUAUUCGCGAUAUCAGUAAAAAAUGGAUAAUAAAGUACCAGCGGAUACAGGACGAAGCACUUAUAGAGAAUAUUGGAAAAAGCUUCCUGCAUGAUUUGGUAAUAGAGGUGGUAUCCGAAACGGUCAAGAAAAUAGGAGAAAGUGAGAUAGAAGAAAGUGUAAAUUACGUGAAAAAACGUUUGAAGGAUAUAAAUGAUCGGCUGAAUAAGUUAUGGCUGAAACAAUUCGUAGAUCAUUGGCGUGGACAGGUAGCUUAUAAAAAAGAACAAGAGCGAAAGAAGCUGGAAUUAUUAGGAUCAUUCCCUAUCAUAUUACCAGCUAAAUCUGGAUUAAGUUUUCGUCGACGAGAUGGUCAUCCAUUGGAUAAAACAUUUAUCGAUUGCAGUUUCCUGCUUUCUGAACAGAAAAUAAACGCUUUAACUGAAAAAAGGUAUAGAAGAAUAGCACGAAAAGUACUGGCAAAGUGGCGUUCAUGGACUCAGUUCCAAAUAGAAAGAAGAGAGUUUUUCACUACUACGUAUACAUCUUUACCGUUGAAACGGAAAAGGCUGCACAAUAACAAUAAUGAUAUUAUCUCAAAAGAACAGGAAGAUGAGAUUCGUUUAGCAGUAGCACUUGCUGAUGUUGAAUGUGGACGAUUGAAACCAUUUUGGACAACCAGUCAAAUUCAUAAUGACUUGGAAGGUGAACGACAAUUAUCUUGGUAUGAAUCACUAACUCAACGAUCUUCAAUAUUAUUGGACUAUUUCGAUGAAAAAACACUUGAGAAAGGAGUAGAGAUAGCGGAGCGAAAUAUUCAACGUAUCGAUUGUUCAAGGAGAUCGACGAAUAAUAAUAAUUGUCAUGGGUAUAGUGGAAGUUUAAAUAGCCUAACAUGCAGUUUUGGUCAACAACAAAAUAAUAAGAAAACUAAUGAAUUCAGUGAACAAAAUUCAAGAAAAAGAGAAUGCAAAAAUUUGAAGCACCUGGAGAAACGACUGGAAGAUUUUACCAAAGAGCUGGAUCAUACAUUCAAGGGCAUAGAACAAAGGAAUCAACGAUAUGAUGAAAUUCUCAGCUCAUUGAGCUGUGAUGAAUAA